UAAGACCAACCAACCGAGAUGACCUAAGACCAACUGACCUGAUCUUGAAGGCGAUUGUGUCCAUGGUUUGAAUUUGUGACAUUCGAGCCAGUGGUGGACUUUGUAAACUCGUGAAGAGAGUGCGAUUCCGAAAUUGGGUUCUACAAUGCAGCUCCUCGUUCGAUUUUCUAUCCCCCGUUCUGAGUUUAUUGGGGCUCGCGUACAAAGCUCGACUGCUUUUAGCUUUUGCCAACCAGGUCCAAGAGUUUUGCGAGUUUUUGCUGGAGAGAACAAGAGACAGCCCAAUUUUAUUGAUAUAGGAGCUGGGUCUCGGAGAGGGUGGGAUGAGGUCAAGGUUAAUCGCUCUACCCAAGGCUCGGAGGUCAAGAAAGGGAAGUCUAGCUUGGGGAAGAAAGCUGAGCCGGCUCGCACUCCUGUGACUCAAGUAGAUGUAAGACCUGAGCAGCAGAAUUUAAUAGUUGAAGCCACCAAGCGUGGACGAGGCGGAAAAACCGUAACGCUAAUCAAAGGGUUGCAAUUACAAGAGGAAUCCUUAGAAGCACUUUGCAAGACCUUAAAAACGAAGAUGGGAUCCGGUGGCGCAGUCAAGGAGGGUGAAAUUGAAAUCCAGUCAGCAGUGGUUCAGUCUCUUUCGGCGUCAGAUUUUCGUUAGCAAUCGUGCUCGACAUCCUGUUGUUCAGGGUAAUCACUCGGCCAAGCUAGUGGAGGAACUUCUCAAGAUGGGCUACAAGGCAAAAAAGUCAGGACGAUGAUGCAGGUCUUGUCAUCCAGAGAUGGGUUAUCUUUCGCUCAUCUACUCCUUUAGUUGCCUUAUCCGAUUUUUUUUUUUCACUGUAAGAUGUCAUUCAAAAACAUCCACCUCUUUGGAACCAUAGUUGUGGUGUAUAUUUUCAUCUACUAUUGAGCUUUUCUAGCCUCCCCGCUCUUUCUCUCAAUCUGGUAGCAUUCCAUUAUCUGCUUCCUCAGCUACUGGGAACGUUUCGCCAACUGAAAUAUGUAGUAUCUGACGUUCUGGUUGAAAUGAGAAGUGUCUGGAUGGAUCUUGGUCUCCUCGUCAUGUAUUGACGUCUUCACGGCGCGAAAGUGUGGGAACCAGGAGGUUACGUUUAGAAAGGGUUUACUUGUCUAAUUCCACAUCAGCUAGUUUAUGGUAAUAUCUUUGUUUGCGUUC